AUGCAUCUAAGCAUUCUUCCAAAUCUUUUAGUCCAAGCGACACUCCUCCACCGAGGCUUGAGCGCUGUAGUCGAACAUUCGAACCCAUUACCAAAGUUUCAUCCACGAGAUCAGAUCGUCCUCAGUAUGGGGUCUUCGUGGUCUAGUCCUGCUAGCAAGGGAGAGGAAAUCUUUAAACCAGCGGACACGGUCGCGGCCGAUCCGUCCGAAGACCCGAGAUAUCGGAGAUUCACUCAUUUGCUGAAGCUCAAUCAUCAUGACCAUUCGAUUUUCUAUCACAACUUGCAAUUCCACAACCAUUUACCCUAUGCCUUGGCGUCGGCAUACAUAUUUGGUGCGAGUAAAGAACAUUUACAUGACAUCUACGAAGCGGAAUCCAAGGAACUCGAGCAAUGGCAGGAUUCGCCCGAGGAGAUAGACCCUGACAAUUGGAGGGCCCAUUUGGGUGACAAGAGAUACCAACGAGCCUACCUCAAUUUCUUUGAAGAUGAAAUGGAACAACGAGGUCAUGAUUGGAAAGCUACACUUUGGCACUUCUUGACGGACAAACAAGUUGACGAUGGAGCCGAAGAGUGGGAUAACCACCAGCUGCUGUACGGCCUUACUGAAGGAAUCGGCCACCCCCUCAUUCAUCUCGGAUACGCCCUCGAGCUUGAAGACAAAGGCAUAGCAAUGGAAGCUCUCGCCAUGGCUGCUGGCUCCUACAAAAAGGUCCACGAAUUAGUCGACGAUCCAUACCCCCCACUCCCAUUCAUUAGCACCGCCGACAUCCGUGAAAUUCUGGACAAACUCUUCGACAACCGUGACUAUGAUGAUAUCUGCUCCAAAAAUGGGAUGGGUGAUCCCGAAAAAAUUAUCGAUGACCCACCUUAUUUUGCAUUCUAUACUUACGUAAUUGAGAAGGAAAAGGCUGCGUUGUUAACCGCAUUCCAGAAGCAGGUUGAAGCAUCAGUUAUGUUGUUCGCUACAUCUCACAAAGUUGCGGAUCCGCAGUAUGAUUUCUUUUUGGCACAUGCGGUGACUACUGCGCAUGCCUUGAGGAUCAUUCUUCCACAUGUGGAUACGCUACAGACGUGGCAUUUGGUUAGAGCUCAUAUGGUCCUUAUGUCCCAAGUUUACUUGUCGCAAUGCAAACCUACGAUCAAGGACUGGUUUAUUGAGGACUAUGAUAUCGGAAAUAAGGAUUGGGAGUAUAUUAGGAAGAAGGCAUUGGAAGGGGAGUAUAAGUAUGAUGCGCAUUAUGUUAAGAUUCUACGAUCUUUACAAGAAUUCGAGAAACUCUUUGGGGCCGGCGAACCUAAGGAUAAAACCUACAAUAUGUAUUUGAAGGCUGCCGUCAAGUUUGCAGAUGAAUUUAAGGGAUGGAUCGGUUUUGGAAAUGCGAGCAUGUCUAAACUAGACAUCAAAAAUUUUGCAGACGCAAAGUAG